GGGCGAACGGGGAGCGGCCACAAAGCGGUCCUCCACCGGUGGGUGCGCACUCCAUGUCGGGAGGGGUGGGUGGGGGUUCACCAAACACGUACACACCGAUGGAGGGUCGGACUUCGCCGUCUUUUUCACACUCCCCACCGACCACCAAUCCCAUUCGCCCACAAAACUUGUACUCUUCAGACCCCGGUGUCAACCGUGGUGCCGCUUCUAUGCUUGGCCCGCAUGCCAACGUCAACAACACCGAUGUCCUCAUGCCCAACCAUUCUCAUGAUUCGAGUGUAGAGGAGCCCGUCAUCGAUGGGGCGUUCGGUGGCGCUUUCACUGAACGUGCGAUGGAUAUCGCUGGGACACGAAGUGGAAGACCUGCGACUGUCGAGGUCGCAGACGACGAAGGCGGUGCGCACUGCAGCGAUGCAACUCCCCCAGCGGGAAGUGGGAAAAGGGCCGUCAGGGAGGGGGGGGGGAGUCGCGGGGGACAGAGAAAGGCGAAGGCGAAAGAGCGAAAGCCGGAGUGGAUAGACAAGGAGAGCAUGGCGCUUGUGAGGCUUCUCUUCGAAGAGGACUGCGCACAGCAAAGCAGGAGAGGGAGGCAGAAGAUCAGGAGUAGACGGGAGAAGUACGACUGGAUAAUAGGGAAAAUGGUUGAGCAAGGCUUUCCAAAACGUGACAUGGAGGACUGUGAGGCAAAGUUCUACGCCCUCCUUGACAAAGCAAAAAAGAUUCGGGAUUACAACGGCGAAUCAGGGAAGCCGAGCUAUUGGGACAUGUCGCGUUCGGAGAAAAAGGAGAAUGGCUUUCCGUUGACAUACGAAAAACACAUGUUUGAAGCUCUGCAAUGGAAGCUUGGGAAGGCGGACGGUUUGUGCGAGGACAUGAUGCACAGUGUCAAUCUGCAGAGAGGGCAGACGAGCACGGUCACAAAUGAUGAAGACACUGGCGGCACUAGUGAGAAUGGAGGGGGUCGACAAAAAGCGGAUACUGACAGCGCUGAGGGUUACAAGUCUCGACGGACCGCGGGUGUAAGCGGCCACAAACGGCGUUCCGCGGCAGAGAGUUCGAGUGACGCUUCAAGGGGAGGUUCGUUCGCAGACAUUGCGCAUGCUCUUGUCGACGCGAACGACCGUCAUGCGGAGAGGAUCGUGGGGAGUUUUGCACAGGCCAUGGACGAAAUGAACAAGACCAUGGUCGAGGGUAACCAAACACUGUUGCAAUGCUUCGCUAUGCUUUCAAAUGCGAUGGUGGGACAACCGCCAUCUGUUCCUCCAGGGGGCGGGACAUAUUGCGAACGUGGCACGCUCACGACACUUGGCAAAAUAUCGUCUUUUCCGAUGCGCGGUGUUGGCGAGGUUGUGGACAUAGGCGGAGAUUUCGCGCUGACCCACAGGCGGUUCAUCGAGCAAGCGCAUGAGCUGGCCCGUAAGCGCGGGGUGCUGUUCACUCGCGUAUCGGCUAUGGUGGAGGAGCUCCGGCGUCUGCAGGGUGAGCUGGAGAAGGCGAACAUGAGAGAGGGGCUUGCCAUGUCGAGAGCCGAAGCUGCGGUGUCGAGCGCAAUCGGUCCGACACUGCUCGUGGCAGCGCGGGACCCUCUCGACCGCGUCACGCAGGAGUUGGACUAACCUUGCCGCGAAUACACAAAUGGAGCUUCCUUAGGCCGCUCCGGCCGAGUGCGCCAACCAU